AUGAAUCCUGUGACAGCUUUCAUCCUGCUCGGGACGGGACUGAUGACCGGGACGGUGACCGGUGAGAGACACUCCCUCACUUACAUCUACACCGCUCUCUCCAAACCUGUUGGACUCCCUGGCAUCCAUGAGUUCACAGCCAUGGGUAUGCUGGACGGCAGGAUGAUCGACUACUUUGACAGCGACAACCCAAAGAAAGUUCCUAAAGAGAAGUGGAUGAAAGAGAAUCUUCAGCCAGAUUACUGGGAGAAAGGGACACAGUCCCGGCAGAGCAAACAGCAGUGGUUCAAGGUCAACAUCGGGAUCCUGAAGGAACGAAUGAGACAGAACGACUCAGACAUCCAUGUUCUUCAGUGGAUGCACGGCUGUGAGGGCGACGUACAGUCUGAUGGCAACCUGAAGUUCCACCGUGGCAUGGACAUGUACAGCUACGAUGGAAACGACUUCCUGUCCUUCGAUGAUGCUAACUCAGUCUGGGUCGCUCCAACUGACGAGGCAGUCCAGACCAAGAGGAAGUGGGAUGAUGUCCAGGUCCUGAAAGAAUACACCAAAGGCUACCUGGAGAAAGAGUGCAUUGAAUGGCUGAGCAAGUUCAUGAGGUUUGAAAAAGAGCAGCUAAAAGCAGCCUCUAAACCUAAGGUUUACCUGUUUGCGAAGGACUCCAAAGUUAAGACAAACACCAUUCUGACGUGCCUCGCCACAGGCUUCUACCCAAAAGACAUCAUCCUGAAGAUCAAGAGGGGUGACCGAGUUCUAACUAGAGAGGACGGACUGGUGACCUCGGGCGUUCGACCAAAUGGAGACGACACCUACCAGAGAAGAGACAGCGUGGAGAUUUUAAAGACUGACAAGUCUGAAUACACCUGUGAGGUCAUUCAUGAAGCAUCUGGUGUCUGGGAGAAGAAGGACUGGAGUAAGAAACUAGAUUUGCAGCCUCCCGGCCCCGGUGGGCUACCAACAUAUGUUGUGGUUAAGUUAACAGUGGUGAUUGUGGCUGUGAUCAUCGGUGUGGUGGUGCUAGUGAUCUUCAACACAAGAUGCAUAGCUGCUCCGCCUCGGCACACGGAGCGGCAGCCCGUUCAUCUGAGCUGA